AUGAGUGUGUCCCAGUACACAGUGUGUCAGGUGCAGUUUGCCAACAGGACCAGGAUGUUCUGCUGCACCUGCUCAGAGCAUGCUGCUCUGCUUCUGACCCGCAACCAGGGAGUGACGUGGGCUGAUGAUGUCAGAGGCUCUGAUGAUGUCAGAGACCUGUCGGAGAAGAAGAGCGACCUGCGUGUGUGUGACACCAGCACGUGUCGCUUCGGAGGAACCUGCCGCGAGAACGGAGCCGACAUCAAGUGUGUGUGCCAGUUCCAUUGCCAUAAGAAGUACGUGCCGGUGUGCGGCUCAAACGGAGACACGUACCAGAACGAGUGUUUCCUCCGGAGAGCAGCCUGCAAGAAACAGAGAGCCAUCAGCAUCGUGUCUGAGGGGCCCUGUUACCCCGACGGCGGCUCAGGGUCUGGAGACGGAGACGAGGAGGGCUCAGGACGCGGCAAGAAGACUUCCAAAUGUGGAAACUGCAAGUUUGGAGCCGAGUGUGACGAAGACUCUGAGGACAUGCUGUGCAUGUGCAACAUCGUGUGCAACGGCCACAACGACAACCCGGUGUGUGGGAAGGACGGCGUGACGUACGACACACCGUGUCACGUCCGCGAGGCGUCCUGCCUCAAACAGGUGAAGAUCGACAUCAGACACGUGGGACGCUGCCCAGACAAAAACAGGAAAGACGACGGCGUGAAGAUGCGACCAGAUGUCUUCGCCGUGUCCAAUCCCGGCGAGGGGGAGGGCUUUGUGGAUAGCCCCGCCCCCUGCCCUGAAGACUACGCCCAGUUCUGUGAACACGGCGUGUGUGAGCUCCGACACAGCCUGCCCACCUGCAGGUGUGAGGGGGGGUACGGCGGGCCGCAGUGUGACCAGCUGCUGGACUUCAACGUGCUCUACGUCGUCCCCAGUGGUCAGAAGCUGCACUACGUCCUGAUCGCCGCCAUCAUCGGAGCCGUGCAGAUCGCCGUCAUCGUCGCCGUGGUGAUGUGCUUCACCAGGAGGUGCAACAAGACCAAACGAGGGCGCAGGCAGAAGCAGCACCUCGGCCACUUCCCGUCCGGGACGUCCUCCCGGAUGAUGUAGCUGCUCUUUUCAUUUCCUUCCUCCUUUUUUUU